AUGACGCUGUAUACACCUCUAGACUCAGAUCUGUGCCAGAUCCGGCGUCUGACCCUUCAGCCAGCUGUCAACUUAGAUGAUCCUCUCAAUAGUCAUCUUAAUGUCAUGUCUUUGGAGUCGAUCCCAAUUUUUGAAGCUCUGUCGUAUGUAUGGGGUUCAACCACACCAGCUAAGAAUAUCAACCUCGGUGAUCGCCUGGUUGCUAUUGGUCCAAAUCUCGACAAUGCUUUACGCAACCUCCGUCUUCCUGCCGCACCUUGUAUCCUCUGGGUUGACGCUUUAUGUAUAAAUCAGGAUGAUCUCAAUGAACGUGCAUCGCCGGUUGCGCUAAUGAGCCCAACUUAUGGAGAUCUCGUUUCAACCCUGGUUCGCACGGAUUUGGACGGUGUAGGAGUUCGUCAUGGCGAAGCAUAG